AUCUUUCUUGUACGAAACAACGGGAUCCGUCCAAUUUGCGAGUGUGUUUCUAAAUUGCGCAUCCUGUAACGGAAGAUUAGUAGGAAAAUCAGACAACUCUCUUCAUAAUUUCUGCUCCUUUUGUCGCCGCCCUGACACCACCAUACAUGCCUGCGAAUACGAGGAACAUGCAGGUUAAUAAUAUGGCGAGCUAUUUAACGUUUGUGGUUCUCUUUUCAGUAGUGGCCCUACACACGAAUAAAGUCGCUGGACAGUUUUAUAUCGGAACACAAUGCAGUUGCCCUACCUUUUGGACCGGCUAUGGUAAUUACUGUUACAGAUAUUUCAACGAUGUGAAGACAUGGCUUGAAGCGGAAUUCUACUGCCGGACGUUCGGUGCCGGUGGAUGCAUGGGGCAGACCGGUCAAGCUCAUCUGGUGUCCAUUCAUUCGCAGGACGAAAAUGAUUUCCUCUUUUCAUACUUCGACACAGUCAGGAAUAAACUACCGCCCGCUAUCGGCCCCAUUAGGGAUGAACGUCUAUGGCUCGGUUUGACGGACAAGAAGCAGGAAGGAUUCUGGACUUGGUCCGAUGGAACGAAUCUCGACUACGCCAACUGGCGGGCGGGCGAACCCAACAACAACGGUGGCAACGAGGAUUACGCACAGAUGAGCGUCGAGAUCAACCACGAAGGACUUUGGUUCGAUAUGACAGACGCCCACGGAGAUUACAUCGUCCAUUACAUCUGUAAAAUGGCUCGGUAG